AUGACCUGGAGCCGGAGGGCAACGUGGUGUCGUACCAGUGGCAGAUCGAGUUCCGGGUCUGGAGGAAUCCCCGAGGACUCCCCGCUCGAGUGUCCCGACGACCGGCGCAUGAAGGACGACCUGACGGGCGCCUGCGUGCCCGUGGGAUGCGCGCCGGGUCUGGUGGCCGGGCCCGAAGGCAUGUGCGUGCCCGAAGACGUGGCGCAGCCGGACCCGUUCGACAAGCCGCCGCCCGCCUGCCCCGUCAUCCAUCUGGGGUCCAAGCACGUGGGGCUGCUGCGCAACGGAUCGCUGCUGCUCAACGUGAGCCGGGGGCAGGUGUUCGCUCCCGACCAGUUUCUCUUGGUGGCCGAGGUGAACGACCAGAACCGAACUAUCGGCUGGUACGCCCUGGUCUGCGCCUGCCACCGCAUCAGCUUCAUGUGGACGCCCGCCCUGCUGUUUGUGGCGAGGCUGGCAAUGGGCGUGUCCAUCCUCUGCCUCGCCGUCCUUCUGGUCACUAGGCUGCUCGAACUGCACGUGCGCCGCCACAAGAUGGCCGCCUGCCUCGCGGCGAGCGCCAUCUUGUCGCAGUUUCACCCUCCUGCUCGAGCCUCACGUCGAGCCGUUCAGCCGGGGCUGCGCGGCUCUCGCCGUGGCCUGGCACUACUGGAACCUCGCCUGCGUCGCCUGGACCGUGGCGCUGGCCGGCGACGCGUACAGGGCCCUGCACGCGUUGCGUAA